CAGCCUCUCAGUUAAGACGUGGAACUCUUGUCGUGCACACUGACGUUCUCUGUCGCAUGUGUGUAAUCGUUUUUUUUUUGUAUAUAUAUUUUUUGUGGAGCUGCCUGUGACUAGUCGAUGAGAUUUAUGAUGUGAAAGCGCAUUUGCACAAGAGGUGAAAAAAUGCUGUUAAUGUCAGUGCUCUUCGCGGUGUUUCUCGCGAAAACUUCACAAGGAUUUAACGAAAGCGAUCUGGUGGCCUUGGAGACGUCGUGCCAUCCCGUCGACCCCUGCCGGCGUGACGCCCUCCCGCCCCCGUCGUGGCGUGGGAGGAACUGCUUCUGCGACGAACACUGCUUGCAAUACGCCGACUGCUGCAUCGACGCCGACGCGUACGACGCCCAGACGUACCAAGCGAACGCCGGAAAGUUCAGGUGCGUCGGCCUGAAGCAGUAUGGCGACGUGUACAUGAAAGGGACGUGUAGCGAUGGCUGGGAGGAUGGCGAGGUGGCCGCCCUGUGCCUCGAGGGAUCGCCCGCGGACAAUCUGGGGCACGAGGAUCUGCUGGCGAAUCUCCCCGCCACCAGCGCCGCCUCCAACGUCACCUACGUGAACUACUACUGCGCCAUCUGCAACAACGACUCACACUCGCUUACGCUGUGGCAGUCACGCUGGGAGUGCGAGGGUCUGGACGGCCUGCGCUCGACCCUUUCGCAGGAUGCCGCCGCAUCCGGAAUCGCGUUCAAGAGUGGAAACUGGGGCGUCGACUUGGAAAUCAACGGGACGAAAGAGUAUCACGUUUGCGCUUUGUAUCCGAGCCUUCCCACGACCUUGGCGGACGUGACCAGACCUUGCCAGGCGGCAAUCAGUUCCUGCGCGGCCAACUGGACGGACCAGAAUGUUGCCGAUCUUUGCCAGUCCUACACCGCCGUCGUGUACAAUAACACAGUGCCUUACCGAAACCCACACUGUGCGACGUGUAACUAUCUGGAGGAGGAGAAAACGUCCUGCCUCAGCCGCGAUCUGCAGCGAAACCAGAAGGACCGUUUUUUCAACCCCGAGGCCUUUGCUCUGCUCUUUGACUUCACCGACGCGAGCGGCAGCAACAUCGUCGGAUCCACGUCGCCGUGUAGUCGGUUCGAAGUGUGGGACCCUUUUUUCCGGAAGUGCCGCAGCGUCGUGUGCGGGAAGGAAAAUCAGAAGUUUGAACGCGGCAAAUGCGUCGACGUGAGCGAUUUUAACGCGACCACAAGUAGCGAGCCAAGCACCGCCGCGCCGACCACACCAGGGCCUGUUAGCACGCUCAGCGCCAACAGAAACAUUCCCAUUAUAUUUCCCGACGACCCUGUCUACUCCGCGGCGCCGCCCAUCACGCCCCCGCCCGCCACAACCAUGCACACGCCCACCAACACCACCGUGCUCUCCAACACCCCCGCGUCCUCCAACAGCUCGGCUCCGAACCUGGUGUGCAACAAGGUGUUCUUGUCCGAGGACGAGUUCACGCUCGACGAGGCCGGGACCGUCUACGUCGCGAACUACAGGCUCAACUACACCUUCAACGAGUACGUGGUGCAGGAGGGCGGCGUCCUGCUCUGCGCCCCGACCUACGACCGCUCCAAGUUCUCGGCGGUCAUGGGCUGGGUGACGCUGCUGUGCCUCGGGGUCUCGUGCGCGUGCCUCAUGGUCCACCUAGUGGCCUUCGCGAUGGUGCCCGACCUGCGCUUCCUCUCCGGGAAGAAUCUGGCAUCUCUCAGCGUAACCCUGAUCCUGGCCUACAGCGUCUUCGUCGCCAACGUGUUCAGCGAAUUGGAAGGUGCGGGCUGCGUCGCAAUGGCUGCCGUCCUGUACUACCUGUUCCUGUCAUCCAUCUGCUGGAUGAACGCCGUUGCCUUCGACAUCUGGCUCACCUUCCGGCGGGGCAAGACGGAACUCCGUGUGACCGCAGGGAAACAGUGGCGGAAAUUCGUGGCUUACUGCGCCUACAGCUGGGGAAUCCCCGCCCUGGCCGCCGCCCUCCUGGUCGUGCUAGACCUGCAGCGCCCCAAGGUGAUUGUCGAAGAGAUCCUGCCGUACCUGGGUCAGGGCGAGGGCUUGUGCUGGUUCGGACAGCGCAGGUCGCUCUUCGUGUUCUUCGCCAUCCCCGUCGCCUUCAUGAUCGUGGUAAACGUCGUGUUCUUCAUCUGCACGGCCCGCAUCAUCGCUGAGACCACGCUGUCCACCUCGGCCAUGACGUCUAGCUCGCACCAUAAGAGCCACUACAAGAUGUACCUGCGCCUCGCCGUCCUCACAGGGUUCACGUGGCUCAGCGGCAUCAUAGCCGGGUACCUGCAGGUCGAGGCGCUGUGGUACGUGUUCGUCGUGUUCAACUCGCUCCAGGGCGUGUUCAUCUUCCUGGCCUUCACCUGCCGCAGGAAGGUGUGGCGCACGAUGGGCCUCCGGAUGCGCCGCCUGUGCCAGAGGGGGUCCUCCUGGGUGGCGCGUCGGGUCGGGCCCAGCAGCCAGGGGGUCGAGCUUAAGGACGCCGUCGACGGGCAGUCAUCUGCCACCCCCGCCACGUCGCUGGAUGACUGCUAGUGGGACGUCCUCUUCUCCGGAUGACUGCUGGUUGGAUGACUUCUCUCCUGGAUGUGGGCCAGUGGGAUGUCUUCUUCCCUGGAGGAUGUCCUCGUUGUUGGAUGAUGCCCUGGUUGACGUCCACUUGGCCCGGCGAUCCACAAACCGCAAAUCGCCGAUAGAUAUUCAUGUGUAUAAUGAUAAUUUUUUACCGAGGCGCGAUUUACCAGUGUAUCAUUCAUACUCAGAUGUAGGUGCAAUUAGAUUAUCGAUACCGUGCGAUACUCAGUCAGUGUUCUCUUUUCCAGUUUUCGUAUCUGUUAGUAAAGAUGAAGUCACUCUUGGGUAGUGAGAUUUCGAAGAACGAUACAUGUAAAUAAGGGACAGCCGUAAAGAAGGCUUGGAAAACAGUUCAUUUAAUGCUCAGGUUAUAGGGUCAGUUAGAUUUGUGCUUUCUAAACUGAUUACGAUCACAUGCAUGGACACACAUGUGCGCG